GGCUGGGCCUGGAGGACAGCGGCGGUGGAGACGACAGCGAGCGGUGGGAGCGGCGCCGAGAGGCCGUACGGGGCGCGGGUACCAGGAAGGGGGAGCACAGAGGUUGAUUCUUCAUCACACUGAAGCCAUUAGGAAAAAUCCUUGUGGUUAACAGCAGAGGCUUCAGAGUGUAACCUGUACUCGGGCCUAGAAAUUAUUUUAAAUGGCGACUGAUACGUCUCAAGGUGAACUCGUCCAUCCUAAGGCACUCCCACUUAUAGUAGGAGCUCAGCUGAUCCACGCGGACAAGUUAGGUGAGAAGGUAGAAGAUAGCACCAUGCCGAUUCGUCGAGCUGUGAAUUCUACCCGGGAAACUCCGCCCAAAAGCAAACUUGCUGAAGGGGAAGAAGAAAAGCCAGAACCAGAUAUAAGUUCAGAGGAAUCUAUCUCCACUGUAGAAGAACAAGAGAAUGAAACUCCACCUGCGACAUCUAGUGAAACAGAACAGCCUAAGGGAGAACCUGAGACUGAAGAGAAGGAGGAACAUAAGUCUUCUCAAGAAACCAAAAAGGAGGAGAAAGAUCAGUCCAAGGAAAAGGAGAAGAAAGUGAAAAAAACCAUACCUUCCUGGGCUACUCUUUCUGCCAGCCAGCUAGCCAGGGCCCAGAAACAAACACCGAUGGCUUCUUCACCACGUCCCAAGAUGGAUGCAAUUCUAACUGAGGCCAUUAAGGCAUGCUUCCAGAAGAGUGGUGCAUCAGUGGUUGCUAUUCGAAAAUACAUAAUCCAUAAGUAUCCUUCUUUGGAGUUGGAGAGAAGGGGUUAUCUUCUUAAACAAGCACUGAAAAGAGAGUUAAAUAGAGGAGUCAUCAAACAGGUAAAAGGAAAAGGUGCAUCUGGAAGUUUCGUUGUGGUCCAGAAAUCAAGAAAAACAUCUCAGAAAUCCAGAAACAGAAAGAAGAGGAGCUCUGCAGUGGAUCCAGAACCACAAGUAAAAUUGGAGGAUAUCCUCCCACUGGCCUUUACUCGCCUUUGUGAACCUAAAGAAGCUUCCUAUAGUCUUAUCAGGAAAUACGUGUCUCAGUAUUACCCUAAGCUUAGAGUGGACAUCAGGCCUCAGCUGUUGAAGAAUGCUCUGCAGAGAGCAGUAGAGAGAGGCCAGUUAGAACAGAUAACUGGCAAAGGUGCAUCGGGGACAUUCCAGCUGAAGAAAUCAGGGGAGAAACCCCUGCUUGGCGGAAGCCCAAUGGAAUAUGCAAUCUUGUCUGCCAUUGCUGCCAUGAAUGAACCGAAGACCUGCUCCACCACUGCUCUGAAGAAGUAUGUCCUGGAGAACCACCCAGGGACCAAUUCUAAUUACCAAAUGCAUUUGCUGAAGAAAACGCUGCAGAAAUGUGAAAAGAAUGGGUGGAUGGAGCAGAUCUCUGGUAAAGGAUUUAGUGGCACCUUCCAACUCUGUUUUCCAUAUUACCCAAGCCCAGGAGUUCUAUUUCCAAAGAAAGAGCCAGAUGAUUCUAAAGAUGAAGAUGAGGAUGAGGAUGAAGAUGAAGAUGAGUCAUCAGAGGACUCUGAGGAUGAAGAGCCACCACCUAAGAGAAGAUUGCAAAAGAAAACUCCAGCCAAGUCCCAAAGGAAAGUGGCACCCGUGAAGCAGAGAGGGUCCAGGCCUGCACCUAAAGUCCCAGCUGCCCAGCGGGGGAGGGCUAGGCCCCUGCCCAAGAAAGCCCCUCCCAAGGCCAAAACGCCUGCCAAGAAAGCCAGACCCUCACCCUCGGUCAUCAAGAAACCUAGUGGUAGCUCCUCAAAGAAGCCUGUAGCCAGUGUGAGAAAGGAAGUGAAAUUACCUGGCAAGGGUAAAACCACCAUGAAGAAGUCUUUCAAAACAAAAAAGUAAAUUUUAUAGCAAGAAAGGGUAUCAUGAUAAAAUUCAAAAUCUUAUUUUAUAAGGUCAGUGUGCAUUUGUUUUUAGUUUUGACGCUUAUAAAAUUUCUUUUCUUCCUCCCAUAUGAACAUUGUGGGGAGGGAAUAUAAUAAACCAAUUUAGGCAUUUGUUAGCUUUAGGUGCUGUUUUUGGUGCCUACCCCUUCCCCAGUCAUUUUAAUUUCUGCUGUAAUCUGGGACUCCCCUAAACUAUAUAAUCUAUACUUGUCUUUUUUGCCCUGCCUACCCCAACCUUUUUUUUUCUUUCUUUUCAUGGUAAGCUUUGGUGCCUCCCUCUCCCACUGUUUCUCCCUUUCGCUCUGUGUCUCCCUGUCUGUCUCUCUCCUGGUUUUACCUAAACACUUGUAAAGAUUUUUAUAUUUUUAGAACGCAUCAAGAACAGGAUGCUGGUCAGGUGCUGGAAGUGAAAAAGAGGCAGUGUAGCACUGACUGCAUGGUAAAGCCUCCUCCCUGGAGACUUUAGUGAUAGCUGUAAUAAUUAAUCUUAUUUAUAAAGUUACUCCACUAACCCUCUUUCUCCAGCUAUGAACAGAGACAACUUAGCUUUGGAAAUAACCUGAAAACAGUGUGAUCACAUUGGUUUCUGAAGAUGCACGACUCCUUUGGGCCACUUUUCACAUUGACCAACUUGCAGGUAUUGUUCACUGGCCCUGAACAUUGCAUUCCCUUCACAGCAAGCACAAGUUCUCUACACCACUUGGUUCUGACUGCAGGGGAAAUACAGGAAUAUAUUGAAUUCAGUUUCCAGUGUCACUUCUGUUACCAAAAAUCAAAACGUAUAAAAUCAUCUUGAUGAAAUGUUUAAAUAUAUUUUUUAAUAUUUGAAGCAUGAGUUGUCACUUACUGUUUGCCUUUUUUAUGAGGAAAUGUUGGAGAGUUACAAAUGUAGAAAUGUUAAGUGGAAAAACAUACAGUUUGCUUAAAUAAAAUAGAUUCCAGAUUCA